AUUGCGUAUUUUAAAGCUGAAUCUGAAGACCAUAUUUAAAUCUAAUUCAUAAUCAUGUCUCAGGUCUCUAAGAUUUGGGUAUUUUUUCUCAGUCUCUUCAACAUUUUAGGAUACCAUUUUGCAUCAGCAGCAUAUUACUGCAAUUACUACUACAGCUACUGCUAUUAUUACUACUACUACUACUAUUACUAUUCCUCCUACAGUAGCGCCGGGACCAUCGCUGGAGCUGUUGUGGGUAGCAUUGUUUUCCUAGUCAUCGUAGCGGUUGUCAUUAUAAUUAUAUGUUGUAAGAAAAAGAACCGGCCAGGAAUGAUCAUUCAAAACACCCCUGCAGUUCACACUGUGACUACAGCUCAUUAUGGACAGCCAGGAUAUGGACAGCCGCCUCCAAGUUACGGUCAACAACAGUCAGGAUUCAAUCAGUAUAAUCAGUAUCCACCGCCACCUGGUGUUAACCCCGCCUACCCUCCACCACCUCCACCUCAAUACUAACCAAUCAAAAUGUCUUAUAACAUUUUGCUCAAUUGUGCCAUUCACUCAUUGGGAAAUCAGCGAUCUUUGUAGAGUUAAAUUUUCGAGUUUUUCGAGAUAUGAAGACGUAUUAAAGUCCGCCAUGAAAUGUAAUUUAUCAUAGAUAUUACUACACAACAAUACUUCAUCCACUAACCAAUAAUUUUCCGUAAAACCACGAUUAUUUUACCCCACCAAAAUAUGUGAUUUUGUAGUAUAGUUAUAUUUUUAUCAUUUUUAAUUAUUGGUAUGGAAAUCUUUUAAAUGUAUGGUAUCUUUCGUAUUGAUGUAUAUAAACUGAAA